AUGUGUAGGUGCCAGCAAUAUAUUAACUUUAACUACCAACUAACUACCAGAAAAAUACAUAGAGAAAAAGUCUCUCUCUCUAUCUCUCUUUCUCUAUCUCUCUUUCUCUAUCUCUCUUUCUCUAUCUCUCUUUCUCUAUCUCUCUUUCUCUAUCUCUCUUUCUCUAUCUCUCUUUCUCUAUCUCUCUUUCUCUGUCUCUUUCUCUCUCUCUUUCUCUAUCUCUCUUUUCUAUCUUUCUCUAUCUCUUUCUCUAUCUCUCUUUCUCUAUCUCUCUUUCUCUCUCUCUCUCUAUCUCUCUUUCUCUAUCUCUCUUUCUCUAUCUCUCUUUCUCUAUCUCUCUUUCUCUAUCUCUCUUUCUCUAUCUCUCUUUCUCUAUCUCUCUUUCUCUAUCUCUCUUUCUCUAUCUCUCUUUCUCUAUCUCUCUUUCUCUAUCUCUCUUUCUCUAUCUCUCUUUCUCUAUAUCUUUCUCUAUCUCUCUCUUUCUCUUUCUCUAUCUUCUUUCUCUCUCUCUUUCUCUAUCUCUCUUUCUCUAUCUCUCUUUCUCUCUCUCUUUUUCUCUAUCUCUCUCUUUUCUUUUUUCUCUCUCUCUCUCUCUCUUCUUUUCCUCUCUCUCUCUCUCUCUCGCUCUCCUUCUUUUUCUCUCUCUCUCGCUCUCCUUCUUUUUCCUCUCGCUCUCCUUCUUUUUCCUCUCGCUCUCCUUCUUUUUCCUCUCGCUCUCGCUCUCCCACCCUCUCUAUCUUUAAGAAAAAUGUUUCUUUAGAAAAAGAAAAUGUUAAAGAAAAAUAUCAAAAAGAAAGGCUAGAGAUGAUGUCAAAGUUGACUGAUAUUCAAAAUAAAUACAAAAUGCUCCAGAGCCAGCAUCAAGAUAUGGAAACUGAAUAUAGUAGAAUACAGCAAAAAUUAGAUAAAUUCUCUGAAGAUAGUAAACAGAAAGAUGCAAAUAGAAAUCAAGAAUUCAUGCAGUUAAAGCAAGAAAAAGAAAUGGAAAUUGUAAAGCUUAAAGAUCAAAAUGCAAACAUGUUUCGAGAAAAUGAACAAUACAAAGCUGAGUUAAUGAAUUUAAAACAACAACUUCAGCAGCAACAGAAAAACAUGUUUGGCCUUGGACAGCAACAAGCCCAGAUGGCCAAUGCAGGAAAUCUACCCAAAGUAAAAGAUACUCAUAUUGGAUUACCAGGAAAGCAAGAAUUACAUGUGGAUCAAGAACAUUUUCAGAUUCCCCCAGCUGACUUAGACCAUGAUGCUGCAGGAAACGUAAAGGCCAACAAUGGAAAAGACCUUGAUUUGCAGAAGCAAGAAGCAGAGCAGCGAAAACAACAGCAUGAGAAUGAACAUAACCAAGUUCAGCCACCCAUAGAUAAUGAAGACUUAGAGAAAAGCUUAAAUGAAGACAAUAAAAAUGAGCUGGACGAAGAAGAAGCAGAACGGGAACAUAUUUUUGGAAUGCUGAAUCGUGGUCGUCAUGCAAAGAGAAAUGAUCCUUUUGAAGCUGAGCACCCAAUUGUGCCACCAGCAUUCCAGAAAGAUGGGAAGUCAUUUAAUGGACCACAACCUCCUCCUUUAAGGGUAAAUGUGGAAGACAAACUUGCUGGAAGGGAUUCUGCAAAUGAAAAUCAUCAGUUUUUAGAAGACAAAAUCCCUCAAGAAAUGAUGAUUGGACAAAACCUGGAAGAUAUUAAGGAUGGAGGUGAUCAAAUGAAAAAAAAUCACAGAGGAAAUAAACGACAAAAGAUGAACAGGAAUCACGGUUUCAAUAAUGCCUUAUUGGCAGACGAAAAAGAACUCCAGGUUCAGCACCCAAAUAAUUUGGAUGGCGGUAACAAAAAAUCACAGGGACUCAAUAAUGAAGAUCAAUAUUAUGAUGAAGAGGAAGAUGACACAUACCAAUAA